AUGCAAAUAACCACCACAUCGUUGUGUACUCUGGAUAUCUCAAGAAAUUUCUCUUGUACUUAUCUAAAAAAGAAUGAAGGACUAGAGACAGCAAAUGCAUCACACAAUUUAGGCAAUACUGCUGUCAUCAAGCCUUCAGAGGUCUCCUCACAUACAGCAGCAGCAUUUGAGAAACUCGUGGCGAAAUACUUUGAUCCGAAAAUGGUUACCAUAGUCAACGGUGGUGUCGAGGAGACAACAGAACUGUUGAAAGAGCGUUUCGACCACAUCCUGUAUACAGGAUGUCCUCCUGUGGCAAAAAUUAUCAUGACAGCUGCCGCAAAGCACUUAACUCCUGUAACAUUGGAGCUGGGCGGAAAAUGUCCCGUGGUUGUAGAAGAUGAUGCAGACAUUGAACUAUCAGCUCGUCGCGUUGCUUGGGGCAAAUGGAUGAAUUGUGGUCAGACUUGCUUGGCUCCAGAUUACGUUAUGGUGUCUCCAGCAUCCAAAGAACAGUUUAUCGACGCCCUGCGACGAAACAUCACCGAAUUCUAUGGGAAUGACAUUCAAGCCAGCAAAGACUAUUGUAGAAUCAUCAACCAACGACAUUUUGACCGUAUAAAUUCGCUCUUGGACUCUACCAAAGGAACUACUCUUUUCAAAGGUGGAGAAUGUGACCGCAACGAUCUCUUUAUACCUCCAGUCAUACUUGAUGUACAAAAAGAUGACCCAUUUAUGCAUGACGAGGUGAGUGACACCAUGCAUUUUACCUCAGUAGGCAAUGAUAUGAGUGAAAGAAAAUGA